AUGGACGAUCUCGCGAGGGCCGAAUACCCUGCCAUGCUGGCGCACCUCCAUCCCAUGCAGGCUGUGAACGUCCUCAACGACCGUGUGAAGAGAAUAAACAAGAUCAACACCGAGGUCGCAGACUGGCUGCAGGAACGCCGCCGAGUCGAGGACCAGUACGUCCAGAGCCUGAAGAAGCUGCUCACCUUCAAAGUCCCCAACAGCCAAUCCGAGCUUGGCGUCUUUUCCGGCCCCUGGGACAAGAUUCUCCAAUCCGUCGAUUCGACCGCCCACUCCCACUACAUUUUCGCGAGCCAACUCGAAAAAGAUGUCGAGGGACCCCUCCGUAACUUCCACUCUCGAAAGGAGAUGCAGAACAUGCAGACUAUCUCCGCCAACCUGACCGCAAUGGCCCGAGACCUCGAGGAUGCCCAGAAGAAGGCGGAUGCCCUCGCCCGCAAAGGCCCCAAGACGAACGCCCAGAAAAUGGCGGACGCUGCCACGCGACUCGAGUCCGCCACACAGCAGUGGGAUUCUCAAGCCCCUUUCAUCUUCGAAACCCUGCAAGCCCUCGACGAGCAGCGCGUUAACCAGCUUCGCGACCUGCUGACCCAAUACGAGACCCACGAGAGCGACCAGGCGCAACGGAACCAGGCGCGCGCCGCCGACACCCUGGCCUCGAUGCUGGAGAUCAGCACCGAACAGGAGAUCGUAAGUUUCAAGGAGAGGGUUCUUUCGGGAAAGCCGCGGUUGGAGAAGAGAGCUACGGCAUCCAGGCAAUCUUCCAAUGCCCCAACCAGCCAGACAUUAGCCCCGCCUCCGCCUCCGCCCGGCAGCAUCGGACAACGCGACGACGACGCAAGUGACCACUCUGGUCUUGCCGAUGGGAAGGGUGAAUCCAAGCUGCGAAGCCGCAUUGGCACGAUGCUCGGCCGGCGCCGACAGAGCAUUCACGGCGGGUUUGGCCAGAUAUCCCCUGGAAAGGGCGGCUCUCCGUCUUUCAGCCGAGGUCUCAGCAGCAGCCAUAGCAGCACUCAUGCGCGCUCUGCUCUGUCACCCAGAGCCUCGUCGAAUAACCUGACCGAGGCGCACAACCGAUUGUCUGCUCUCGCAGAGACGCCCGAUUCCCCGAGACCACCCCUGUCCUCCGGCACCGACAAACCUCACCACGAAGGCACCAACGGUUUUGGUGAAAGCCUCUCGGAUGCGAAUCGCCUGGGCUCCUCGGCUGGCCCUGUAAACGGAACCCACGACACUGAUGCGUUGGAUGUUGCCCCUCCCUCAGGCCCGCCCCCCACCCAGGCUCAGGAUUCCGAAAGUAAGGAUGCCGAGGGCUUCACGAUCCGGCAACCCGACAACGACCCAAUCUCCCAGGCCCAGCGUGAGGCCGCCGAGGAGAGCGAGCAGAUGUUCAGACUCAACAUUGCAAGCUCGCCCAUCGCCGAGGAAGAUGCCGACGCGAAGCAGGCUGCGAUGUCGAAUGUCGCCAAUACUCUGACGCAGAUGGCAGCUCCAUCGCGAAAGCUUGGAACUGUGCGAGGACGUAGAGACGUACGGAACACCAUCUAUGUGCCGCCUCCCAGCAUGCCUGAGCCUGAGCUCACCUCUGAAAACCCUUUCCCGACUUCUCCAUCACUGCCCAGCCAAUCAUCCAAACCCACCACUGUGGCUGCCCUUGCUUCGGAGGCAAGCAUCGCUGCGACGUCAGAUACUCAGUCUAUCCGUUCAGCCAACUCGCUUGUGAGCUUGGCCCAUUUGAAGCAUCCUGAGAUGCACGAGCCUGGUCUCAAUGCGUCCGUCAUCGAGACUGUGUCCGCAACCUUUGAGAAUGGAACAGUCACAAGUGCCAAGAUCCAUGGUGAAAUCGCCUUUGCCUACCAAGCGGCUGGUGAUUCUCGGCCCGAUAGUGAGACCAUCCGGAUCAACAACUUUCCUAGCCUGGAAGUCAUUGGUCCAAACCGUAUCUUUGUCCAGAACACUGGCAGAUCCGACGAGUUCAACUUGGACCUGUCGCAUCUGAACAAGACAGCUACGGCAUUCACAUAUAGAUUACAUUCUGGCGACGCAGACGGCACAGGUCUAGCGGCACAGGUCCCGCUUCUACUCCGUCCAGCUUGGAAGCCCCAAGCUGACAAGCUCGGGCUGCUCCUGCAGUACUCUCUCAACCCCGCAAGCAACCUGACGGCCCCGGUAACGCUGCACAAUGUUGUCUUUGUUGCCACAUACGAAGGUGCCAAGGCUUCUGGUGCGCAGACAAAACCCACAGGAACGCAUCUCAAGGAUAAGCAUUUGGUGUACUGGCGCCUGGGUGAUUUGACCCUUACCACCGAGACACAAAAGAUUGUCUGUCGCAUCAUCGGCGCCGAGAACGCCGAGCCCAAACCGGGACAUAUCGAGGCUCGGUGGGAGAUGACGCCUGAGAAUCUCAGCAGCGGCAUCUCUAUCUCAAGACUGGAGGAAACCAAGGGCAAGGGCAAGGACGAAGAGGCAGACCCCUUUGCGGACGAGAACCCUACCUCGCCUGCACUGCCAGCAGAUCAGCAGUGGGUGGAUGUGCAACUGGUGAAAAAGGUUACGAGCGGCAAGUAUGAAGCCAAGUAA